GGCGGUGCCAGCGUCUUGUUUCUCUUCCUGUUUUCGGGCACGUGACAAAAACCUGAAAGGUGAGCCGCUCCAGGACGGAAGUGAACAUGUCUCCAUCGCCUCUCCUCUUCUUUUUCAUCCUCCUCUUGGCGCGUCCUCGCGUCGGGCACGCGGACGCGGACGCGGACGCGGGGGUUAGCGCGCCCUGCUUCCGGUUCGCCCAGAAGGACUUCGUGGUGGACCUGGAGGACGCCGUCGACGAGGGCGCGGUUCUCUUGGCCGUCCUACACGCGCGCAGCUUGCCCGAGUGUCGGGCCGCGUGCUGCGCGCUUCCGCAAUGCACCAUCGCGCACGCGGACGCCAACCUGACGUGCGCGCUCUUGGACUGCGUGCACAGAAACAAGUUCGUGUGCCGCUUCGUCCGACGACCCGGAUACCGGAGCGUCAUCAGGGACGCCGAGUACCGGAAGUACCUGGAAGGACCGCAGGAAGGAGAUGAGCCGGCGCCGCCCAUCGCCAUCGCGGGUCGGGACCUGGUCGUGCAGCCCGGCGCCACGGUGACGCUCGACGGCAUCCAGAGUUUGGCCCUCGGUGACGCCCGCAUCACGGACUACGAUUGGACGCUGCAGAGCGGCGGAGACGCCGACGUCGUCAUGGAGGCUACUGCUUGUCCGAGGCCAAGGCGGGCCCGUGCCGCGGCGCUUUUCCUCGAUGGCGAUACGACGCCACCGCGCGCCAAUGUCGGCAGUUUGUGUUCGGGGGAUGUAAAGGAAACCGAAACAACUUCCUGUCCGAGGACGAGUGUGUGCAGGCCUGCCGUGGAGUCACACGUAACACGCACGCACAUACACGCACACACACGCACGCACACGCACGCACACAGUAACGUGUUGUGCUUGUUCCCCAAUGACAUCAUCAGAACUACAGCGCAUCGCUCUGCCGGCUGGCGGUCAGUCCCACAAUGCACCUCUUCACAUCACCUGCUGGCCAGCAUGUUGAGUGUGUGUGCGUGUGUGUGUGUGUGUUCAGAGGUGUGCGGCUCUGUGUGUGAUUCUGGUCAGCUGAAUUGCGGCGGCGGCUGCUGCCUGGACAAAAGUUUGGAGUGUGACGGCGUGACGCAAUGCAGCAACGCGGCGGACGAGAAGCACUGCAGCCAAUUCAACGAGACGUUCUCUCGACUUCUGGACCUCGACGUCAACCAGAGAAUAGCCCGCUGCACAGAGCCCCCCCAAACGGGCCCGUGCCGCGCCAGCCACACACGCUGGUACUACAACCCGCUCAACGAGCGCUGCCAGCGCUUCACCUACGGCGGUUGCCACGGAAACGACAACAACUUCGCCGAGGAGACGCAAUGCGACGCCGCCUGCCACGGCGUCACGGAGCGCGACGUGUUCGCCAGAGGAACGUUUGAACGCUUCGAGGACCAAGACAAAGAAGAAGAAAGCGGCUCGGGUUCCGUGGCGUUGGCGGUGAUCCUGUCGGCGGCCGUCUCGGCGUCACUGGCCGUCCUGGGCUACUGCUUCCUGAAGAACCGCAGCCGGCGCUCGGGCGGCCACGCGGAAGCGGCCCGCCCGGCCGCGUCGGCGCAGGACCCGCUCGUUUACGAGGGCGCCGCCGAUCCCUUAUAGCGGCCCGUCGUUGUCACGCGGGUGGCGGUGGAAGCGGGCGUCGGGGGUGUGGCCACAUUGGACGGCCUUUCUCUUCCAUUUGGGUCAUCGCUUGCCGAAAAUAAAGUUCCUCUUUGUUUGA